AUGAUAAUAUAAGAUCAAUUUAACUAAGUUUAAUUAAAACAUUAUGAAGAAAAAAGUAGAAACACUAAUUAUUUUCAAUUUAGCAAUUGAGUUACGAAGAAUGGAAAGACAUUUAGAAAUUAUAUAAUUAUGGGAUGAUGUAAUUUCUAUGAACAAAAAUAAUUUUGAGUUUUAUAUUGCUAAAGGUUAAUAUAUUAAAGAAUAUAUUUAGCAAAUUCAUUAAGAAAUUAAUAUCGUUUUAACGAUGUUAUAUUGUGUUGGGAUUAUGGAAUUUUAAACAAUAAAAAUGAUAUAAGGUACUAUUCUGAGAAAGGUAUAUAUUAAUAUUAUUUUAUAAUAGCUAAUUGUUUAGAAAAACAAGAUAGAUAUUAAGAUGCAAUAUGUUGUUGGGAAGAUGCAAUAUUAAUAAAUUAACAAGAUAUCUAAUUUAAAAUUAGACUUUGUAAAAAUUUUGAUUCAAAUUAAUCUUUUUUAGUAAAGUUAUUAGAGAAAUAGAAGAUGUUUAGAAAGAUUAUCGAGAAAUGCGAUAUUUUUCUAAAAGAAGAAUAAAAUUCUUUAAUCACUAUCGAGUAUUAUAGAAAAAAAGGUUGUUCUAAAAUUUUUGAUAAUAGGAAAUGCCUUAAAAAGAUUAGAACAAUGGAAAGAUGUUAUUGAAAUUUGCAAUGUUGGAAUUUCGCUUUUCCCUGAAGAUGUUUAAUUGUAUUUGGAAAAAAGUAUUGAUAUUAAGAAAAUUUUAGCUGAUGCUUUACAAUAAAUGUCUUUUUACUAAUAAAUACUUGAAUGUUGGGAUUUUGGAAUAGUUAAAAAUAAGAACAAUAUAGAAUUUUACAAAUUUAAAUGUAUUAAGCUCUUUUAGUAAUUGUUUUAGGUAGAGCUUUAGAAAAAUAAGGAUAUUUAGAUGAAAUUAUAGAAGUUUGGGAUCAUGGGAUAUCAAAUAAUUUAAAUAAUAUAGCAUUUUACAAAUCUAAAAGUUAUUUAAACUUCAAAUUAAUUAGCCUAAGCAUUAAAUGAUUAAGAUUACAUAUAGGAAAUUAUAGAUUGUUGGGAUUUUGGAAUUGCUAAUAAUACUAACAAUCAAUUUUUCUUAUAGGAAAAAAGUAAAACAAAUUUAAAUAUCAUAAUUAGUAAGUGCCUUAAAGUAAUAAUAAAGAUGGAAAGAAGCUAUAGAUUGCUGUAAUCAAGCUAUUGAAAUAUUUCAAGAUAAAAUUCAUUUUUUAAUAGAAAAAAGUUUUUAAGUUUUAUAAUAUUUAUUAGUUAAAAUUUUAUUAAAGUAAGGAAAAAUAUCAGAAACUAUUCAAGCAUGCGAUUUUGGAAUAGAAUUUAAUUAAAAAGAAAUUUAAUUUUAUUAAUUAAAAAGUAGCUAAACAUGCAUUUAUAAUUUAGUUUUUGCAUUAGAGAAAUUGGGGAAUAUUUAAGAAUUAAUUAAAUUUUUUGAUUAAGCUAUUGAUAUUUCAUAAAAUGAACAAAAAUUUUGCGAAUUCUAUAUAAAAAAAAGUACAAUUAAAACUAAUUAAAUAAUAAGUUUAGUUACUAAAAAAAAGUAAAAAAUAUGAUGAUGCAAUCUUAUGUUGUAAUAAGGCAAUUCUUUAAUUUCCUAAUGAUAUAUUUUUUUUUAAAGAAAAAGGUAUUUUAUCAAUAAUAACAUUUUAAAGCAAGUAUUUUACAUUUGAUUAAUAAAUUUGAUGAACUUCUUGAAACCUGGGAUUAAGGGGUUAAAAAUAACAUGCAUAAUUUAUAAUUUUAUGAAGAAAAAUGUAAUUUCUUUAUUUUUUUAAUUAUAGCUAAUUUUUUAAAAUAAUAAAAUAAUUUAAAUUAAGAAGAUAAGUUUAAAAUGAUUAUUGACUUUUGGAAUUAAGGAAUAGAGGCUAAUCCAAAUGAUAUUAAUUUUUACGAAUAACUAUGUAAAAUAGUCUAUUUCAAAAUCUAGAGUCGAUAUUAAUAUCAUGCAAUCUAUUAGUUGAAGCUUAUAAUUGCUGGAAUAAAGGAGUUUAGAAAAAUUAGAAUAAUAUUUUAUUUUAUAGAAGAUUAGGCAUAUAUUAAUUUAAUUACCUUUUUAGCUCAAUCAUUAGAAUCAUUAAAAGACAAUUAAGGAAUAAUAGAUUGUUGGGAAAGAGGAGUUUAAGAAAAUUAAAAUAGCAUAGAAUUUUAAUAGGAAAAAUGUAUAUUUUUUUUUUAAGGUCGAGUAUUUGCUUUACAAUCCUAAGAAAGAAAUUAAGAGAUAGUUUAGUUUACUGAUGAACUUCUUCUGAAUAACCAAUCUUAUCAACUAUUCCAUGGUGCAAGAGGUAUUCAUUGAAAUUUUUUUUAAGGGAAUGCACUAUUUAACUUGAAAAGAUUUUAUGAAGCAAUUUGUUCUUGGAAUAAUGUCUAAAAGAUGUAGAUCUAUGAGAACGAAAAUAUGAUGAGCCAAAAUAUAGGCAUUUAUUUCAUUUAAUUUUUAGGGGAGUGUUUACAAAAAUUGAAAUAAUUUAGAAAAGCCAUUAAUUACUAUAGAUUAAAUGACUUUUAAAGAUUUAAAAGACUUUAAAAAUUUUUGUGA